AUGGCGCUCCGCUACGGCCUGCCCAUUAUUGCGAGCGAGACUGCAGUGGACGGCAUGCACAUGGUGCCAGAGGAGGGCUACCUCCCCGCCUCCUCCGCCGAGCAGUACCGGCGGCAGAUGCGCCGGCUCGAGAGCGACGAGCAGCUCUGGCAGAGGUUGCGGACGUCCGGCCUGGGGAUCAUGCGGACGUAUCCGCGACGUCGCCCGGAAGACGCUGCGGCGCGUCUUCGCCGAGCUGGGGCUUGGGCCCGGCGUCCCAGAGGCGACCGAGGACUCCCGACGGCGGCAGACGCAAGGCGGAGCGCCUGUGGAGGCCCUGGGGCCGAGGAGGGGUAUCCUCUCAGAGGCCUGCACUUGGUAGUCCCUGCCACCUGCUUGUGUGUCUGCUGA